CUAUCAUCUUUUCACACUGGCAAAAUGCACAAAUUCAAGAACUCCAUCCCUUUCUUGAUUCUCAUCUUCUCCUCAAUCAAUGUUCUUGUUUUCGCCGGAAAAGCAGAAGACCCGUUUACUCCAAAGGCGUAUGUAAUCCGAUACUGGAAGAAGCAGAUCUCAAAUGAUUUACCCAAACCCUCGUUCUUAAUCGAGAAAGCUUCGCCGCUAACCGCCGUGCAGUCGGCGGCGUUUUCAAAACUUGCGGCUAACCAGCACUCUCUCUCCACCAACCUCCCAUCGUUCUGCUCCGCCGCAAACUUACUGUGCUUCCCCGACGUGGGACCCAGCCUGGAGAAACAUUCCGGUGAUGUGAACUUUAAAGAGUACUCCGAGAAGAACUUUACUAACUACGGGUCAGGUCGUCUUGGUGGAUUUGAUUCCUUCAAAAAUUAUUCCAAUGACGGCAACUCGGCUCUUGACUCGUUCCGGCGGUAUUCACGUGACUCAGUGGGCCAUGGCGAUAAGUUUUCCACUUAUGCCCGAGACACAAACGUUCCUGACCAGAGCUUCAAUACCUACGGCACAAAAGCCACCGGAGGCACCGGAGACUUCACAAGUUACGCCCAAGACGUCAAUGUACCCACCAUGAGAUUCACCUCAUACUCCGACGACGUCAAUGGGCGUGUCCAGACCUUCAAAUCUUACUCCGAGAACGCAAACGCCGGCGAUCAAUCGUUCACUAGUUACGGGAAAAAGGGAAACGGCGCCGAGAAUGAAUUCAAAUCAUACGGUAAUAAUUCCAACGUCAUCGGCUCGUCGUUUUCCAAUUACGGCGAGAACGGCAACGGCGCAAACGAUUCUUUCACAUCUUAUGGGGAAAACGGCAACGUUCCCGAGAAUAAUUUCAAGAGCUACGCUGACAGCGGUAACGCCGCCGUCGAUUCAUUCACGAGUUACAGUGAUCAAUCCAAUGUCGGGGACGAUAAUUUCAAAUCAUACGCCAAAAGCUCCAACGCGGCGGACUUGAAGUUUUCAAAUUACGGGAAUUCCUUCAACGAAGGCACCGAUACAUUCUCCGGCUACGGCGGAGGCACCGUCACAAACCAGAAAUUUGGGUUUAAAGGCUACGGUGUGAACAAUACAUUCAAAGAUUACGCCGAUAAGAAGAGGGCUUCUUUUGCUACCUACGCGACAAAGGGGUCGGCGGCGCGUGUAGGAGCAAUGAAGACGAAAUCAGCCGCCAGUGGCAAACCUGUAAAUAAGUGGAUCGAGCCGGGUAAGUUUUUCAGGGAGAGUAUGUUAAAAUCCGGGACGAUAAUGCCCAUGCCGGACAUUCGUGAUAAGAUGCCUAAAAGGUCAUUUUUACCCCGGGUAAUUCUUUCAAAAUUACCAUUUUCGUCCUCCAAACUCGGCGAUUUAAAGAAGAUUUUUCACGCUGAGGAUAACUCAAGCAUGGCGAGUUUAAUCUCUGAAGGAUUGAGCGAGUGUGAACGGAAACCGAGUCAAGGUGAGUCAAAACGGUGUGUCGGAUCGGUUGAAGACAUGAUCGAUUUUGCCACGUCAGUGCUUGGACGAGAUGUCGUCGUUCGGACAACCGACAACACAAACGGGUCGGGUAAGAAGAGCUUGUUCCCUUACCUGCUAUACUACUGUCACUCGGUUCCCAAGGUACGGGUCUACGAAGCGGAUCUACUUGACCCGAAUUCGUCCUCCAAGAUUAAUCAUGGGGUUGCCAUCUGUCAUAUUGACACGUCAGCUUGGAGUCCGACCCAUGGAGCUUUUCUUUCACUAGGGUCGGAGCCUGGGAAGAUUGAAGUUUGUCAUUGGAUCUUUGAGAACGAUAUGACUUGGGCUGUUGCAGAUUAA